AUGCCUUGGCUCCUAAGUUUGGAAAUAGAUCUAACAAGCUUUGUUCAGGUAUUUUUUUUCUUUCUUUUCUGUCUCCGUGGUUUUCAGGAAGGUGCUUUUGCAUUGGUUUUCAAGAGCAUCCAUUACCCAGGUGAAGCUGUUGCUACCAGGAGAGGGAGUCCUUUGCUCAUUGGAGUUAGAAGCAAGUACAAGCUUUCCACUGAACAGAUUCCUGUUUUAUAUGGAACAUGCAACAUUGAGAAUAUGAAGAACAUGUGCAAUUCACGAAUGAAAAGACUGGACAGCUCUACUUGUCUUCAUGCUGUUGGGGAUAAAGCAGUAGAAUUUUUCUUUGCUUCAGAUGCAAGUGCUAUCAUUGAGCAUACCAACAGAGUAAUUUUCUUAGAAGAUGAUGACAUUGCAGCAGUAACUGAUGGGAAGCUUUCAAUUCACCGCCUGGAGCGUUCAGCUAGUGAUGAUCCUUCCCGGGUCAUCCAAACCUUGCAAAUGGAGUUGCAGCAAAUCAUGAAGGGUAAUUUCAGUGCAUUCAUGCAAAAGGAAAUUUUUGAACAACCGGAAUCAGUUGUCAAUACUAUGAGAGGCAGGGUGAAUUUUGAGAACAGCACAGUCCUGCUGGGGGGUCUGAAGGACCAUUUGAAAGAAAUCAGAAGAUGCCGAAGGCUGAUCAUUAUUGGCUGUGGGACCAGUUAUCAUGCUGCAGUAGCUACUCGACAAGUACUGGAGGAAUUAACUGAGUUACCCGUGAUGGUAGAACUUGCUAGUGACUUCCUGGACAGGAACACACCUGUGUUCAGAGAUGAUGUCUGCUUUUUUAUAAGUCAGUCAGGUGAAACUGCAGAUACACUUAUGGCUUUGAGGUAUUGUAAAGAACGCCGUGCUCUAACAGUUGGCAUCACAAACACAGUUGGAAGCUCAAUAUCCAGAGAGACUGACUGUGGUGUACAUAUCAAUGCAGGACCUGAGAUAGGUGUGGCAAGCACAAAGGCUUAUACCAGCCAGUUUGUGUCUCUUGUAAUGUUCGGCCUCAUGAUGUCUGAAGACAGAAUUUCUUUGCAGAAACGGAGAAGGGAAAUCAUUAGUGGACUAAAAUCAUUGCCAGAGAUGAUUAAAGAAGUCUUGUCCUUGGAUGAGAAGAUACAUGACUUGGCUCUUGAGCUGUACAAACAAAGGUCACUGCUGGUUAUGGGUCGUGGAUAUAAUUAUGCCACUUGUCUGGAAGGAGCUCUGAAAAUAAAAGAAAUCACCUACAUGCACUCUGAAGGUAUCCUGGCUGGUGAGCUUAAACAUGGUCCACUAGCCCUAAUAGAUAAACAGAUGCCUGUUAUCAUGGUCAUAAUGAAGGAUCCUUGCUUCACCAAGUGCCAGAAUGCUCUGCAACAGGUCACAGCUCGACAGGGUCGUCCAAUCAUCCUGUGUUCUAAGGAAGACACAGAAAGCUCAAAAUUUGCCUACAAAACCAUUGAGCUGCCUCAUACAGUUGACUGCCUUCAAGGAAUCUUGAGUGUUAUUCCUCUCCAGUUGCUUUCAUUCCACCUGGCUGUUCUCAGAGGAUAUGAUGUGGAUUUUCCAAGGAAUUUGGCCAAAUCAGUUACUGUAGAAUAACAGCCAAGAACAACGGAUAUUUUUGUCACCAGACCUCUGUGUUAUGCUUAUUGAAAUGUGUUGUUCUGAAUCAAUAGGUACAUGUUUUUUCAAAGGGAAUGAGAGUGAUAACUGGUGAGUGGCAGAAGGAUUUGUCUUGCAGCUUUAAAAGCUCCCGAUGUGCCUUGUUACCCAAGUGCUUUUGCUCACAGCAAAUAUUUCUAAGUCUCGAAAUUGCCAAAGGAUAAGAUAAAAAUCAUUGUUUACACAUGGUAUACUGAAUGAACUUUUCUACUGUGCAAUAUAUACAUAUAUAUAUAUAUAUACAGCUCUCUUCAGAGUAACUGUGAACUAUUUUUUAAAUUUUUUUUAG